AUGAAGAAGGGAUUAAAAUUGAUAUUCUUGGGCUUGAUUUCAACCCUUCAAGCCUCAACCUUCACCUUUUUCGACGACAACCAAAAGCUCAGCUUCUACCCAGAAACAUCCAACGACGCUUCUUCCAAAAAUGUCCUCGCACUCGAUCUGCAAUUCGAAUUUUUCGUCGAUUCUCUCGAUGGAGAACUUGUCAGUAUGGAUUCGAGAGAGCGCGAUUUGGAGUGGGAUAUUGUUGUCGACGUCAGCAGGGCGAAUAUGACCAUUUCAUUCAAUGCGUAUGACUCGGCGAGUAAUCAGAACUUGGAUGAUAAAGUUGUGCUCCCUGCUAGUCCGCUCGAAGCUUACAAAUGGUAUCAAAUGUCAUUAAAGAUCGAAGAUGGACACUUGAGCGCUUCGCUCGAAAUUGAAGGCCGCAAACUCCAGACCAAAAAGGACUUGAAAAUCUUCGAAAACAUCGAUUUCUUAAAAUCAGCGGAUAGAAUUGAAUUCGGCCGAGAUUUAAUCGGAUGCUUGGGCGGAGUCAAACAUCAAAAUCAGGAGAUUACAAGCGAUAGUACUGGCGGCGCGCUUGUCAAACGACCUUCGGAGAUUCUAGACGGAUGUUAUUUCGAAGAUGAAUGUUUCAAGUAUGAUCCGUCAAGCCGGCGAUUUAACCCUUCAUGUCUCCACUCCGGAAUAUGCUCAACAAGCAAUUUGACGUCUCCAACUACUCUCUACAAGUGCGACUGUCCAAGUCCGUUUGUCGGGCAAAACUGCGCCAACGAAUUGAGCACCGCGGAUUUUAUUGAUGACGAGCUCAGCUUUAUCAUUCAUCUUGUUCAGCUUGAAAGCAACAAAAUCGACUUUGAAACGCGCUUCAAAACGAACCAGGAAACAUCCUUUUUGGCAUUUUUGGGCGACACUAGUCUAAGAAACCGGCUCAAUUGUAUCAUCAAAAUAUACAAUGAGACUUUAAUUGUCUUUAAAAUAGCAUUUUUCUUGUCAAAAAAUGAGCCGUCCGAUACGCAGGUCUCUGAUGACCUGUGGCAUGACCUGAAGAUUUCGCUGCUUCCGGACUCUCUCCAAAUCGAGCUAGAUAAGAAUGUGACCGAAACACUGGCGCUGGAGAGAGAUGUAAAUGUGACGUCUGAAUUUGCAUAUAUUGGAGGCCUACCGGAUAUAAUUACAAAAGUCCUCGCAGCUGGAAAUGGACCUGAUUCGGGAAUUGAAAACAACAAUGCAAAGCUUCUCGAUUCAACGUUUUUCUUCCACGGAGAAAUUCAAGAUGUUCGCUUGAAUAAGAAAUUUCUGCUCUUUGAAGACUCCGAUGAUGAGAAAUUUGAAGGAGACAUGCACUUAGAAAACGGGUGGAAAAUUGUUUUGCCGAAAGAAAAAAGCGCAGUGAAGAAUGAAAAGAAGGUGGAAAAUUGCGAGUGCAAGAAUGGAGGGAACUAUAUUGAAAAUGGCGGAUGCGAGUGUCCAUCGGGAACCGAAGGUUUCUUCUGCGAAGUAUUCACCAACUGCAUCGACAACUUGUGCCCAAAUCCAACCCUUUGCCGCCCUCUAACAACUGGCUAUAUUUGCGAUCACCCCAUCACGCUCGGCGCGGACGACGAUCUUUGCGCAAAUCAACGUCUUCGGCUGUUGACGUCGCCGCCCGCUGAGCCGCUCUCGUCAAUUUCGCUCAGCGUCAGGACUAGAUCUUCUUCAACCCCUUUUCUAUCAAUCAACGAGGCUGUUGAAUUGUCAGUCACUUCUGAUGGCCUUGUCAAUGUGACACUAGCCCCGGAUAUUCUGAAAAUGCCACGAGCUGUUUCCACAAUUAUCUCUGGCGCGUCAAUUUCAGAUGGACUCUUCCAUGAUAUCAAUUUGGAACUGCUGCCUCAAAAAAUCAUCUUGUCGAUAAAUGGCCAUGUGGAUGAUUUGGUGGAAGUUCAGCUUACUCAGAAACACUGGCCAUUGAAAUUGACGUGCUUUUUUUAA